CUCUUUUGAAAGAAGCAUCAGCAAUCAACAGUUCUUUCUCUGUAUCAUACUUCGAUCUACUACCAAAAAACCCAAAACCACCUUCGUUUUAUUCAAAAUGUACACCAACAUCCUCGCUACUCUCCUCGCCGUCGCGCCCUUCGUCGCCGCGAGCCCAGUCUCUCCCGAGCCUCAUGGCGCUCCCGUUGGCAUCCGCGAGUGCUCCGGCUCUUCUCUCACCAGCGACGACUUCAAUGCCUUCGCCGACGUGAUUCUGACCAAGGAGUCCUUCACCGCACAACCCAGCAUGACCCGCUACCAGUUCCAGGAGCAAGUCAACGGCAAAUGCGUCCAAGUGCAGAUCUACAACCAGAACUGCAACAACGCCUACGAGGUCGAUGGUGACAGCCUCGCCAACACCAUCCGAAGCAUCACUGAGCAGUGCUCCGAGACGGCUGGCCAGACCGCGGGCUGGGGAUACUACCGCAAUGUCAACACCGCCGAUACCUACAAGAACCAGCUCUGGGUCCUCACUUCCGAGUGCAACACCCGUAUCAUCCGCAGCGCCUGCGCCCCAUAGAGGAAGACUUGAUGACUUGACAACGGAAUGGACGGUCGACGGGAGAAAGAGACUGCAACAUCGCUUGUCCUUCGAGACAUGGAUAGUGAGCGGCAAUUUAACCGAAGGACUCGCCUCCAGGUGUGAGAAUUCAAGGCCUACCAGGAUCGUUACUGAACGUCGAAAAAGCUAUAAUGUGAAUCACUUAAUGAUAAUGAAAACUCUGUUGAAGUUGAG